AGCGUAAACGUCAACCACGAUGAGGCAAACCGGGUAGUGAUUUGGUGAUUUGGGUAGCAAACACCGAAAAUCAGACAAAAGUCAUGAAUUUAAAAGCUAGACAAAUAUUAAUCUUCAUAUUGGGAUGGUUAGCCUAUGCAUCAACAUACUUGCUUAGAAAACCUCUUGGAGUGAUUAAAGCUGAUUUAGAAGUGAGUCUGUCUAUAAGUAAGACAGAAUUAGGAUGGUUAGAUACAGCUCUUCUACUACCCUAUGCUUUAAUGCAGAUGUGUUUAGGUCAGGUUGGUGAUAGAAUUGGUGCAAGAUUAACACUGGGAAUGAGUUUAAUAUUAGCUGGACUAUCAAUGAUUUCAUUUGGAUAUUGGAACACUACACCUGUACUUGGUUUAUUACUGUUUAUAAAUGGAUCAGCUCAGUCACAAUGCUGGCCAAACUGCAGUAAGAUUUUAUUGUCCUGGUUUGCAGACAGGGUGAGAAAUAGUGUUUUUGGAAUGUUUGGAACAUGUGCCUUUGGAGGAGGGAUAAUAGGAACUUUUUUGGCUGUGAUUUUGCAAACUAAUUAUGGCUGGAGAGCUGUGUAUGUACCACCUUCAUUGAUUGCAAUAUUCCUUGGUACAUUGGUGUUAAUAUUUUAUCGUCAAUCAUCAGAAGCUGGUGUUGACAUCCCUGGUAGAGAAGUGAGUGCUAGUCAAGCAAAAAUAGAUACAAGAUCAUCCUCUUUAUAUGAGAUUUGGAAAAUUCCAAUGGUAGCUGAGGUGGCUAUAAGUGUUUUUUGUUUAAAAGUUGUUCGUUAUUGUAUGUAUAUGUGGUUACCGUUAUAUUUAUUAAGACAAUUAAAUUAUUCUAAAAGUCUCUCAGGAAUAUUUUCUACAGUUUUUGACAUAGGAGGUGUCGCGGGUAGUGCUUUAAUUGGUAUUUUAAUCGACAGAUUUUAUGCAGGUCGAUCUAUAUUCGGAAAUGCUGUCUCAGUUGCUCUGUCUACAAUAUUUUUAAUAUGUUUUAAUUUAACAUGUACGUGGGGCAUGACAUUUAAUGCUGUAUUCAUGUUUUUAGCUGGAGCAUUUAGUUCAGGUCCAGAUACCCUAUUAGGUGGUUCUAUAGCAGCUGAAUUAGGAGAAAAGGGAAACAGAAAUGCUGCUGUAGCUACAGUUGGAUUAAUUAAUGGAUUUGGCAGUGUAGGAACUUUUAUGGAAGGACCUAUUAUAGGUUUUAUAUCUACAUACUAUGGGUGGUCUGGAAUGUUUUAUUUUAUGAUAAUUUUAUCAAUUAUUGGCACCAUAUCCUGCUUUAAAGCUGCAAAAAUUCAUAAAAAAGAAUCUAUAAAAUCUACAAAUAAUGAAACAGUUUAAUUCAAUUAUUGAAAAUACCUUAUUCAGAGAAGACUAUUUCUUCAAAAACAUAAUUUAAACAUACUUGGGGGUAAGCUAUCUUGCAAGAGAAAAUGUUAUAAACUAAUAACAAUCGGCUAUAGUAAUGGAAUAUCCAUUAGCUUUAUUAAAAAUAUAGUAUAUUGAAGUAGAAUUCUCAUUGUUUUGUCCUACAUUAUUUAUUUAUUUAUGAAAUGAACCUAUUUAGGCAUUUAUGUUUUAUUGUAUACUGUUUAUUUUUGUUUAUUAUUACUCUGAUAUUCAGGUGUAGUAUAAAUGAAAACAAGAAUUUAAUUGAAUGAACGUUUAGAAUGUCUUUAUUAUUAAAUUUACUAUGUACAUUCCAAUUCUUUUACACCUUUAAAGAAGAAUUAUUCAAGAUUUAGAGAAAGAGCUAGCCAUUCUUGCUAUUAUAGAUCAACAAUAGAUUUAGAGCUAGCCAUUCUUGCUAUUAUAGAUCAACAAUAGAUAAUGAAAAUGAUUAAAUUGAAAAUUUCUGUCAAAUUAGUUUAUUUUGAGCAAAAUUAUGAAUGUUCAAAGUUUUGACAAGAAAUAGCCUAAAUUGUAUUUGCCAAUUGACAGUUCGUAUUCUAGAUUGUCAAGUAUCAUUACCAUUUUCAGUCCCUCUAUCGACAGUCUCCAUGAGUGGCGUCUGUAUUAUCGUUUAACACGGAUAUGGCAGGCAUUGUCUAAUCCACUCAAUAUCUAGUCCCAAGUUAACCAAGUUAAUUGAACAUUGGCAGCUUUGUUUGUUAAUGUAUAGUUCCCUUUUAAAGGAGAAAACCAAUUUCACUUUUUAACUGAAUGUCCACACUAUCAAUCUCUCCGGUUAAAUCUUCUUUCUGCUACUUUCAGUGGUAACAAUCUGACCAUAAGGUUUGAAAAUAUAUUUAACUCUCCCCCUUCAGUUUCUAUGAGUGUGUGUCUUUAUAUAUAUAUAAGGCAUCUCCUUACCAUACUAACAGUACAAGUCAAAAUUCACAUAUUCUUUUCAUGUAUACAUUUUCAAAUAUUGUUUUCUGUAUAUUUUCACUUUUAACAUGAACUUGUAUUUUAUGUUUCGUAUUCUUAUGUAUAAAUAAUCUUUAUAUAUGUAUAUUACUAUUUAUUUUAUGUUCUGUAAUAUGUCAUGUAUAUUAAUUGUGUGUGGUCUGAAAAGGGCAUUGUGAAACAACAAAAUCUUAUCUUAUGUCAUAUUAAAUCAAUAAAUUAAAACAAUAAAGGGGCAUCAUUUUGGAAAUCUUCACUUUAUAAAGGUAUUGCUUUGAAGUUUUCCAGCUUUUGAGAGAUACAGGCAUUUUAACUUUCAAUUUAAGAGUGUAAAAUAUACCUUGCUCUAUGUACGUCUGUUGUAGGAACAGAUAAUUUUCAAAUUUCUAAACAUUACUAAAUGUUUCAAAUGUUUAUAUUUAAAUUAAUCUAUAGAAUCUGACUCAUUAACGUUGAAUGUUAAAAAUAUGUAAAUGUUUCUAAGGCAUCAUAUAUGUAUUUGACCAACCCCGACUUAAUGUCAACACAUGUUUCUAGGCACUGUCUCAUUUAGCCAGAGUUUCCAUCAAACUAACCAUGUUAUGAGAGCUUAUUGAUUUUGUUUUGUUAUUGUGCACUGGGUGAUCUAUUAUAUACAUAAAUGUGGUAAUAACCUGACAAACAGAGAAUAGAUAACAGGUAUGUUAACAUAUUUGUCGAUAUCAAAAUGAAUGAAUCAAUAAAAAUCAUCACAUAUAUCAACUAUCUUUCUUCAUUGGGCAACAUUACUGUUUUGUACCGUAAUUGUUGCUGAUAUGUAUUUUAAGAAUUUGUUGUUUUUGAUUCCCAUAUUGUUCAUAUUUUCACAUUGUUAUUUUGUGCUUUUUAAAAAAAUAAAACCACAAUAA